GACAGUUAACUUUUCAAUCAUGUUGGUUUACAAGGAUCUCCUUAUCGGUGAUGAGCUUCUAUCAGACUCUUACCCGUACAAGGAAAUUGAUAAUGGAAUGUUGUCGGAAGUUGAGGGAAAGUGGGUUGUUAGGGGAGCAUGUGAUGUAGACAUUGGUGCUAACCCUUAUGCUGAAGGUGGAGAAGAUGAGGGUGUUGAUGACUCAACUGCUAAGGUUGUUGACAUUGUUGACGUAUUCAGACUUCAGGAACAACUUGCUUUUGACAAGAAGCAGUUUCUUGGUUUUGUUAAGAGAUAUAUCAAGUUGUUGAUACCCAAACUAGAUGCAGCGAAACAAGAGUUGUUUAAGAAGCACAUUGAGGGAGCAACCAAGUACCUGCUUGGCAAGCUCAAGGACCUUCAAUUCUUUGUUGGUGAGAGCAUGCAUGAUGAUGGUAGCUUGGUCUUUGCCUACUACAAGGAGGGUGCUACUAAUCCAACAUUUCUCUACUUUGCAUAUCCAUAG